UUGAAAGCAUCACAUUGUGGAUUCUCGCUGAUGAAACAUGAGAAGUGUCGUCUCAGCAGCUGCGGCAGUAAAAGCGCUGAAUGAAACUCGGCGCGGUCCCGUGUACGUGUCCCUGAACUUCCAGCCCGCUCUGGAGCUCCAAACAUGGCCAAAGUACAUAGCUCCUCCGGCUGUAGGGCCAUUGUUUUGGCAGGGAAGUAUCUCUCUGGUCCGGCGGUCCCAGUUGAGAGCCACCGUCCGGGGCUGCGGCAGCAGAAGAUGUUCGGCCACAACCGCCGUAUGGUGACCUCGGACGCGGCCGGCAAGGGAGGAAAAGCCGCGGCUUUGGCCCUGCAGGAGAACCCGGGCUAUUCCUCCGCCACAGACCGACUGGUGCAGGCGAACCGGACUCUGAUAUACCGGGACGUGAAGGCGUUUCUGAACGAAGUCGGGGGAGACCCGCGGGAGGCUCGGUACUGGCUGACUCAGUUCCAGAGAGCCACCUCCACACAGUCCCCUGCGUUCGCCGUGCUGGAGGUGGACAGCUCAGUGUUUCACAGCAGGGAGAUGGUUCAGAGCCUGGCCUUUGGGCUCUCCUUCUUGCAGCGGAUGGAUAUGAAGCCUGUGGUGGUGAUGGGCUGGACUCAGGAUGAGGAAACGGGGUCCGCUGGACAGGUCGCUGGGUCUUGUUGCAGGCGAGGCCUGGUGAAGCGGUGCAAGCAGCUGACCGAGGCUCUGCAGCAGCACUCGGCCACGGCUCUGCCAUUCUUCUCCGCCGAGUCCUUCCUGCUGCUGCACGAGGCACCAAGGGGAAGCAGUGCACCGCACCACGUUACCGUGGACACCAACCUCCUCCAGUGGAGUCUCGACUGUGGGACAAUCCCGUUGGUUUGCCCGGUGGGGAGGGACAACCAAGGUUGCUCGGUACUGUUGGACCCGACGGAGGUGACGGCAGCCAUUUCAAGAGCACUACAGCCCCACAAAGUCAUGUUCCUGAACAAAUCUGGAGGGUUCUGUGGUCGAGAGCGUAAGGUGCUGGCCACCGUGUCAUUUCCCAGCGACCUUCCCAGUCUGUCGACGGCAGCAUGUCUGAGCACCGCAGAGCGACACAAAGUGACGACUAUAGCCAGACUUCUCAACCAGCUGCCGACAGAGUCCUCUGCAGUAAUCACCUCUGCAGACACGCUGCUGACCGAGCUGUUCAGCCACAAAGGGUCUGGGACUCUCUUUACAAAUGGAGACCCCAUACACCGGUACACGUCUCUGGAUGAGAUUGAUGCAGGACGUCUGCUGGCCCUCAUCAACAAGUCGUUUGAUAAAACUCUCAGGGAAGACUACAUUGACUCCCUGAAAGGACGUUUACACUCCAUCUACCUCUCUGAAGGCUACCAUGCAGCAGCCAUUAUCACCAUGGAGCCAGUGAACAGCGGCACGCCAUACCUUGACAAGUUUGUGGUGAGCAGCAGUAAGCAGGGCCAGGGCACCAGCCACAUCCUGUGGGAGUGUAUCAGAGAAGACCUGGGCAAGCUGUUCUGGAGGUCCAGAGCUACCAACAGGAUCAACCCCUGGUACUUCAAACACUGUGAUGGGAGCUUCGUGAACGGGGUGUGGACUGUCUUCUGGUUCGGCCUGACAGACAUCAGAGAUUCCUACGAGCUGGUGGAAUAUGCCAAGACCCUCCCCGACUCCUUUUGUUUCUCCGCCUCUCUCACCGCCUCCCAGCAGCUCCUUCCACCUGCCGCAGCGUCCUGAGCAGCCGGCUCUCCGCGGUGAUGCAAGGAUGUUAGCGCUGUAGUUGUCGCGGCUAUGAAUCAUUCUCUGUUUUUAAAGCUAGUCUCAGCGUAAAGCCUCACCCUUGAUUUGCACAGUCAAGCCUUGUUUAUACUCGGGAUGUGGGUCUCUGCAUUUGGAGGCGUUUGUGCAUCAAUGCAAACUGUGUACAAAGAAACAAGUCUGUGGAUAAGCAGGAAGUUUAUGAGUAACAUAUUUUUGCAUGCCUACGCUGCAUCAGCACCUGGAAAUGUAACUCUGGAAUAUUGCCUUUUAUCUUACUUUAGAUGUAUAUAUAUACUGUACAUCUAAAGCAGAUGUUAUUAUUCCAGUCAUUUUAGUAUAAUGGGCUGUUACAGUGUCGGUAAAACAUUUCAUUUAGAUGUUUCGCACAUCUCAGUCGUCUAAUAGACUAUAUUAAAGUUACAUUUAAAAGUAGGGAUGCACCGAAAUGAAACCCGAAACACCAAAAGAAAUUAUUAUGCCAAUUCUGUACCAUUGUUUUUUUUUUUUUUAUCUAAUUUUGCUGUUAUGGCUGGGACUGUGUGUACUUACUUCACUAAAGUCAAAGCAUUGCAAUUAUAUAUAGAUUAAUAUGCAUGCUUCAAAGGGUAAUUAAGAAACUAUGAAAUUAUUGAGGAGGAUCUCAUGGAACAUGUCAGACGACGAGGGUGCAUGGCCCUCGUCUGGUGCACACCGUGUUCCAAACUGAGUUUGAACACCAAACUGAAUUUUCGGUGCAUCUCUAUUUAAAAGUUUACAUUUUUAAAGUUUACAAGUGAAACAAACUACUAUUAGAGUAGUAGAGAUGUGUCAUAGACUUGAGAAGUCUCUGGGUGCCUUAACAGUGGGUUUUUUACAGCUUACUUUUACUUUUUCUUCCUGUGUAAUUCCGCCUUAUAAGAUACACUCAAAUCUACUUGACCACUAUUCCUUUGUCACAAUCUAUUUUGUGCUCGGCCGGGUUUGUUGUUAAAAAAAGUUUCAACCAAGCACCAAUGGCAGCUUUUAAAGCAAAUACCAUUUAUGUAACCAUUUAUGUAACAAGAGCCGUGGUCCGUGACAAAGAAGCGUACAGUGGGAACACAGCUGACUCACUUUCUGUAACAGCCUGAGAUAACUUGAUACCUAAAUGUUUAGGAUAUACUGUAUACCACAUUAGAACAUAAGCCUUAAAGAGCAAGGUCUUCAGUUUGACUGCUGGACCUUUUACUGCUCGUCAUUCCCAUACUCUCUCAACCUGCCUCCUUCACGGUCUCCAUACGAAGGGGAAAUGCCAACAAAGUACUUACUUAAAAGGUGAUUUAUGUAAUAUAUAUCUAAGCGACCUUUACCGUUUAAAACAUGAAGUGCAAUCUCGAUUCCAGACUAUCGGAUAUAUCAAAUUACAUAAAUGAGACUAACCUUGGCUGCGGUUCCUUGUGUUUCUUCUGUAGGUAACGAGGCUUUUUAGCUUAAGCAUGGUCCAAUAUUCUCUGCUCGCUCUGCUGACAUCCUGUGUGUUAAACUGCUAUUGGGAGAGCGGUGGUGGGUAGAGCAACAGACCGAAACACCAAAAUGUAAACACAGUUUGUAAAGUAACAUUUAUUUUUGAGAAUAAUAUACUGGCAGCACCGUUGUCAGUAAAGCCAGUGUUUCAGUGUAACGUUUCGUUAAUCAUUUCGAGUCUUAACGUGUCUUACAUAUUUUACCUUUAAGAAUAAAAUCCAACAACCGAGAUUGGAGAUUGGAGCUUCUGUUCGUGUAAACAGGUCUGAUGUAAUAAGACUGUGUUAAACUGAACCGGACAGGAUAUUUUCUAUACAAGAACAUACAGCUGUAUGCUGUGUAUUUUAUAUUCUACUCUAUAUGCUAUUAUAUCUGAUGAUGUUUACAGAUUGGUCAUAGGUCUGUACUGUGACUGUUGAAAAUAAAAUAAAAUAAAAAUAAAUUGA